AUGAGGAGUGGAGGUGGGGGGGUGGCCGCAGCGUCCCCUCUUACUAAUCCCCACAUCCCCACCCCCAAUCAACCAACCCCCUGUAACCUCACCCCCCAUUUCAACCGCCCCCUGGAACCGCACUCCCUCCCCCCUUUUCUUCCUCAAGACCCCUCCCCACCCACGACGAUCCCUGUCCUGUUCUUCACAGGUGGGGCUGCUGGUCACAAGUGGGGCUGCUGGUCACAGGUGGGGCUGCUGGUCACAGGUGGGGCUGCUGGUCACAGGUGGGGCUGCUGGUCACAGGUGGGGCUGCUGGUCACAGGUGGGGCUGCUGGUCACAGGUGGGGCUGCUGGUCACAGGUGGGGCUGCUGGUCACAGGUGGGGCUGCUGGUCACAGGUGGGGCUGCUGGUCACAGGUGGGGCUGCUGGUCACAGGUGGGGCUGGUGGUCACGGGUGGGGCUGCUGGUCACGGGUGGGGCUGCUGGUCACGGGUGGGGCUGCUAGUCACGGGUGGGGUUGCUGGUCACAGGUGGGGCUGCUGGUCACAGGUGGGGCAACUGGUCACAGGUGGGGCUGCUGGUCACAGGUGCCUGGUGCUGGCGGCUGGCGCUGGUGCUGGUGCCUGGUGCUGGCGUGUGGCGCUGGUGCUGGUGCCUGGUGCUGGCGGCUGGCGCUGGUGCUGGUGCCUGGUGCUGGCGGCUGGCGCUCGUGCUGGUGCCUGGUGCUGGCGGCUGGCGCUGUUGCCGGUGCCUGGUGCUGGCAGUUGGCGCUGGUGCUGGUGCCUGGUGCUGGCGGCUGGCGCUGGGGCCUGGUGCUAGCGGCUGGCGCUGGUGCUGGUGCCUGGUGCUGGCGGCUGGCGCUCGUGCUGGUGCCUGACGGCUGGCGCUGGUCCUGGUGGCUGGUGCUGGCGUAA